AUGGGGUAUACGGGGAUGAAGGUGGAUACGGAAGUUACAGUGGAUACGAUGGUGAAGGUGGAUACGGGGGUGAAGGUGGUUACAGUGGAUAUCGGGGCUACGGUGGAUACAGUGGAUACGAUAGAUAUGGGGGUGACGGUGGUUACAGUGGAUACGGGGGCUACGGUGGAUACAGUGGAUACGAUAGAUCUGGGGGUGAAGGUGGAUAUGGAGGCUACGGUGGAUACGAAGAACAUGGUGGAUAUGAAUUGGGUACAAGAAACGGGAAAGGAGUAUGGUUACGUAAUUGUUACCCGUCGAUCAAAAAAUAUUGGCGGUACUACUGGGAUGGUAUGGCUUGUGUGCGACCAUAGUGGUGAGCACCGUAGUAAAGCAACAGUUAGGAAAGCUGGUAGCAAAAAAAUCGGUUGCCCAUUUUCAUUACUCGCCAUCUGGGACGUGACGAAUGACACGUGGGAGUUAAAAGUGGACUGUGCGAACCAUAACCACGAACCUAUGACGAGUCUGUUGGGCCACGCUUUUGUGCGAAGAUUUACUGAAGCCGAAUACAAGCUAGUGGAGCAGCUAACUGCUCAAAACAUGGAGCCACGUAUCAUAUUUCAAACCCUAAGAAAGCAGUUCCCUGACAGCCUGCACGUUCAGAAAGAUGUGCAAAAUGCGGUACAAAAAAUUAGAGCGACAAUAAUGGACGGAAAGAAUCCUAUUCAGGCACUGGAAAGCCUGCUGCAUGACCACCGAUUCAUUUACGACACCCGACAGGAACCCAAAACAGAUGUCGUAACAGAGAUUUUCUUUGUUCAUCCUUAUUCAAUCACUAUGUGGCGUGCAUUCCCGCACGUGAUGUUGAUCGACGCGACCUACAAAACAAACCUCUACAAUAUGCCAUUUGUCCAGGUUGUGGGUAUGACGUCGACUGGGAAGUCUUUUUGUAUCGCACAUGCCGUUAUUUGUAAAGAACGAAGGGGUAACUACGUGUGGGUGCUUGAGCGGAUCAAGUCAAUAUUGCAUGAAUGUAUGAUGCCGCGUGUGAUAGUCACGGAUAGGGAGCUUGCCCUAAUUAACGCGUGUUCUAAAGUAUUCCCGAACGCAACCAGGCUUCUAUGCCACUUUCACAUCCAACAAAAUAUAGCUAGACAGUGCAAGAAAGGGUUCGAUAAAGAAGAUUGGGGGAAAUUUAUGACGUACUGGCGGAGAUUGUGCGAAUCUUCAUCAGAGCCCAUGUACAAGUACAACUUGGAGAAAAUGUAUAACCGACUCAUGGUUGCCAACCGAGAAAGUGUCUAUGAUUACGUCUACGAAAACUGGCUCAAAGACUAUAAAGAAAUGUUCAUUUAUGCGUGGACCGAUAAGUGUCGCAACUUUGGUCAGCGCACCACCAACAGAGUUAAGAGCCAGCACGCAAAUUUAAAAAGAUACAUUACGCGCGGGAGUUCAUUGGAGCGAAUAGCAAGAUGCGUCAUUGAUAUAGUUGAAACUCAGUACGAUGAAAUACAAAAAAGUUUCACCGAGAGCAUCGAAAAAACGAUGAACCACCACAGACACCGAAUGUUGGACAACCUACGUGGAAAGGUUUCCCAUGAAGCACUUGAUUUGCUGGCAAAAGAGCUACUGAGGAAGAUGGAGGUGUUGCGGAAACUUAACGCAUCACGUGGUUGCCAUAUGUGGCUUAGCAAUGGAUUGCAGUGUGCUUGUAGGCUGGAAAACUAUAAACGUACAGGGCGUAUGAUACAACUCGACGACAUAGAUGUAUUCUGGCGUAAGCUUGACUUGCUCCCAUGUAAACUGGUAGACGAGGAAGUCGAUAUUGUAGCAGAGCUUAAUAAUGUGCGACAACAUUUAGAGGCGCAGUCCCCCGUUCAGCAAAAGAGUAUGCUUUCAAAGAUAAAAGCGGUCUUCACCCCGAAAUCGUCAACCAAGAAACCACCGAUCGUCCAGCAAAAUACUCGCGGUCGGCCUACAUCAAAGAAAGUACAAGAAAGGCUAGAUGAAGCUGCGAGGUUAGACGAAGAUGCGAGAUACAACUCCUAUGGCGAGGACAGCAACGUAUAUACCGCUUCCCCCAAACAUAGGUACGAUUUACCCCGACACAGCUCAUACGUAUCGUCAGAGGGCUCUCGUGGAACUGGUUCGUUUGUGAAGUCUGAAAAACCUAAAAUGCAACGAAACAGUUCAACAAGUUCUAAAAAGAAGGAGACGCGGGAUGAUAAGGUUUUUCCAUUAAUAAAGGGGGACGAGCACUUGUUAUGCAUUAAGAGGUUUAAGAAUCAAAUUCCAUCAGAGUUUCACUCUUACAUAUCGCGUAUACAAGAUGUGACCCCAGACGGUCAUUGUGGGUACAGCAUCGAAUGGCAUUCAGUGAAAGGGUGCGAUGAAAGACACUGGAUGGAAAUGCCCCAGCUAGGGCUUCUCGUAGCGCAAAGGUAUAAUAUUGUCAUCCAUGUGCUAAGCAUUGAAUGGAGCUCUACCAUCUUCCCAUUAACGGAUGCCCCACUAGAUCCACGACCUCAAGCGAUAACGCUUGUACAUGUUCACGGGGGACACUUCAUACAUGCUAAGUUGGAAGGAGACUACCCCAUGCCUUUAGUGAACCCGUUGUGGUCGGCACAUCGAUCAAUAGCUGCGAAACGGUGGGAAGAAAUGUAUAGACCGCGGUUAGAGCACUACUACGAGUUAAUGCAUCCUAAAUCAGACCGAGACAAAGACAGAGAACCGAGUUUAAAUGUUAUCGAAGAUUAA